AUGGCUGCCUCGCGACGGGCCGUCACUCAAGCGCGCGGCGGUGCGUUCGCCGCGGGGCGGCUUCUCCCCGUGCUCGUCCUCGCAUUGCUGCUCCAGGCGCCCUCCGCGUCCGCCCGCCACUGGUUCUGGAACGACGGCCUCUUCCCCGUCCCCGCGAAGCCUGCCACUCUCACUGCUGCGGAGUCCGACGGAACGGCAGCGGUGGCUGCCGGCCAGCCAGUUUCAGCAGUUCCGGCGCCAGCCCCGGCGGCGCCGGCGCCGGCUCCUGCGGUAUCGUGCCACGACGCCCCUGUGGGCCGUUUCAUCGUGUCCGGAGCCGCGCCCGACCCGUGUGCUACGCUGGCGGCGGAGCUGACGCGCAGUGCGGGGAAAUUGGCGGGCAAGACUGGAGGGCAAGGAUUCGCGGCUCCUUCUCUCUUCCGCGCGUGCCUCUCCACGUUCCUGUUCAGGAAGGACUGCGACGUGGAGGACCUGCUGUCGAUCGCGAACGCGUUUGACAAUCACUACGUGUACAAGUACAUCGCCGUGGACUCGCCGGACCAGACCAACCUGCCGAGCAGCAUCGAUAUUGUCGCGGAGCUGCGGAAAAUCGUCGCGGACGCGAAAGCGGGAAAGUACCCUCGGCUGGUUGACGCGCACAUGGCGGCAUACCGGGCGACCUGGGCGCUCAACGACGGGCACAGCGCGUUUUCUCCGGAUUGCUUCGGAGGGAGCAGUUACGACUUGCCGUUGCCGCUCAUGGCUGUUGUCGAAAAUGGGCAGCAGAUCAUUCGCGUUGCGCCACGCCGAUAUGUCACUCCCAACGGGUUGGAUCAUGUUGCGAAGGUUCUGCACAAUUUUGACUUCAGUCUUUACGAGGGCCGACAGGUGGUGGCUAUUAACGGGGAUAAGGCGGAAGAUUUCAUCCUGAAUUGGGCAGACAAGGAAGGGGGCACGUUUCGCAAUCGCGCUGCGAGAUUCACGAAAUCUUUCGCGAGCAAUAUUGCGCAAGGAUCGUCGCAGGGGACAGACAUCGUCCAGGUGCCAGGCGACUUCGCCCGGCGAGCCUAUGCUCCCGAAAAUGACACCUUACUGGUGUCGUUCGCAACCAACACUUGCCCGCCCUCGUUUCCCCGUCUUGCUCAUUGCCCCAUGUUCCUUUCCAUGUCUCCUCCCUUGCCCCCACAUGUGCUCCCCAUGUGCUCCCCAUGUGUUCCCCAUGUGCUCCCCAUGUGCUCCCCAUGUGCUCCCCAUGUGCUCCCCAUGUGCUCCCCAUGUGCUCCCCAUGUGCUCCCCAUGUGCUCCCCAUGUGCUCCCCAUGUGCUCCCCAUGUGCUCCCCAUGUGCUCCCCAUGUGCUCCCCAUGUGCUCCCCAUGUGCUCCCCAUGUGCUCCCCAUGUGCUCCCCAUGUGCUCCCCAUGUGCUCCCCAUGUGCUCCCCAUGUGCUCCCCAUGUGCUCCCCAUGUGCUCCCCAUGUGCUCCCCAUGUGCUCCCCAUGUGCUCCCCAUGUGCUCCCCAUGUGCUCCCCAUGUGCUCCCCAUGUGCUCCCCAUGUGCUCCCCAUGUGCUCCCCAUGUGCUCCCCAUGUGCUCCCCAUGUGCUCCCCAUGUGCUCCCCAUGUGCUCCCCAUGUGCUCCCCAUGUGCUCCCCAUGUGCUCCCCAUGUGCUCCCCAUGUGCUCCCCAUGUGCUCCCCAUGUGCUCCCCAUGUGCUCCCCAUGUGCUCCCCAUGUGCUCCCCAUGUGCUCCCCAUGUGCUCCCCAUGUGCUCCCCAUGUGCUCCCCAUGUGCUCCCCAUGUGCUCCCCAUGUGCUCCCCAUGUGCUCCCCAUGUGCUCCCCAUGUGCUCCCCAUGUGCUCCCCAUGUGCUCCCCAUGUGCUCCCCAUGUGCUCCCCAUGUGCUCCCCAUGUGCUCCCCAUGUGCUCCCCAUGUGCUCCCCAUGUGCUCCCCAUGUGCUCCCCAUGUGCUCCCCAUGUGCUCCCCAUGUGCUCCCCAUGUGCUCCCCAUGUGCUCCCCAUGUGCUCCCCAUGUGCUCCCCAUGUGCUCCCCAUGUGCUCCCCAUGUGCUCCCCAUGUGCUCCCCAUGUGCUCCCCAUGUGCUCCCCAUGUGCUCCCCAUGUGCUCCCCAUGUGCUCCCCAUGUGCUCCCCAUGUGCUCCCCAUGUGCUCCCCAUGUGCUCCCCAUGUGCUCCCCAUGUGCUCCCCAUGUGCUCCCCAUGUGCUCCCCAUGUGCUCCCCAUGUGCUCCCCAUGUGCUCCCCAUGUGCUCCCCAUGUGCUCCCCAUGUGCUCCCCAUGUGCUCCCCAUGUGCUCCCCAUGUGCUCCCCAUGUGCUCCCCAUGUGCUCCCCAUGUGCUCCCCAUGUGCUCCCCAUGUGCUCCCCAUGUGCUCCCCAUGUGCUCCCCAUGUGCUCCCAUGUGCUCCCCAUGUGCUCCCCAUGUGCUCCCCAUGUGCUCCCCAUGUGCUCCCCAUGUGCUCCCCAUGUGCUCCCCAUGUGCUCCCCAUGUGCUCCCCAUGUGCUCCCCAUGUGCUCCCCAUGUGCUCCCCAUGUGCUUCCCAUGUGCUCCCCAUGUGCUCCCCAUGUGCUCCCCAUGUGCUCCCAUGUGCUCCCCAUGUGCUCCCCAUGUGCUCCCCAUGUGCUCCCCAUGUGCUCCCCAUGUGCUCCCCAUGUGCUCCCAUGUGCUCCCCAUGUGCUCCCCAUGUGCUCCCCAUGUGCUCCCCAUGUGCUCCCCAUGUGCUCCCCAUGUGCUCCCCAUGUGCUCCCCAUGUGCUCCCCAUGUGCUCCCCAUGUGCUCCCCAUGUGCUCCCCAUGUGCUCCCCAUGUGCUCCCCAUGUGCUCCCCAUGUGCUCCCCAUGUGCUCCCCAUGUGCUCCCCAUGUGCUCCCCAUGUGCUCCCCAUGUGCUCCCCAUGUGCUCCCCCAUGUGCUCCCCAUGUGCUCCCCAUGUGCUCCCCAUGUGCUCCCCAUGUGCUCCCCAUGUGCUCCCCAUGUGCUCCCCAUGUGCUCCCCAUGUGCUCCCCAUGUGCUCCCCAUGUGCUCCCCAUGUGCUCCCCAUGUGCUCCCCAUGUGCUCCCCAUGUGCUCCCCAUGUGCUCCCCAUGUGCUCCCCAUGUGCUCCCCAUGUGCUCCCCAUGUGCUCCCCAUGUGCUCCCCAUGUGCUCCCCAUGUGCUCCCCAUGUGCUCCCCAUGUGCUCCCCAUGUGCUCCCCAUGUGCUCCCCAUGUGCUCCCCAUGUGCUCCCCAUGUGCUCCCCAUGUGCUCCCCAUGUGCUCCCCAUGUGCUCCCCAUGUGCUCCCCAUGUGCUCCCAUGUGCUCCCCAUGUGCUCCCCAUGUGCUCCCCAUGUGCUCCCAUGUGCUCCCCAUGUGCUCCCCAUGUGCUCCCCAUGUGCUCCCCAUGUGCUCCCCAUGUGCUCCCAUGUGCUCCCCAUGUGCUCCCCAUGUGCUCCCCAUGUGCUCCCCAUGUGCUCCCCAUGUGCUCCCCAUGUGCUCCCCAUGUGCUCCCCAUGCGUCCCCUCAUGUGUUCCCGCAUGCGUCCUCCCAUGCCUCCCCCCAUGCAUUGACCCAUGCCUCUCCCCAUGUGUCCCCCCAUCCCCCCACACUCCCCCCCAUGCCUCCCCCAUGCUCGCCCCCAUGCCUCCCCGCAGAUCCAACGCCUCGCAGAUCAUAAUAGAUGUGCGUGGCAACGGUGGCGGCUCCACUGUAGCAUCAUACACAGCCAUCCGGCUUCUCAUGGGGGCAGCCAAGGUCCCCGACUCGGACUUUGCCAUGCCUGUGGAUUUUGUCGUCGGCACCGAGUACACCGAGAAUGCCAUCGGCGUGCUCGCUGUCGAUCAGACAUCUCUCUACUGCAUUGGCGAUUACACCGACCUCAACGGAACGGAACUCACAAGCGUGUUCGGCUACGCUCCCUUCCGCGAGCUCCGCUUCACACAGGCCAGCCCGGCUGGCAACUACUCGGCGCCGUUUAAGACGAACGACACAUUUGCCGGGAAGGAGAAGCAGCCGGUGUUUGGCGACCGCCCCUUCCUGGUCCUGUCGGACGGAAACUGCUUCUCCGCCUGCGCCAUCCUCACGCACAUCCUGGGGAAACGCCACAAAGUGCCCAUGGUAACCGUGGGUGGUUUGCCCAACCAGCCCCCCGAUGUGAGCUCCUCGUGCCUUGGGUUUACCAUGAUGAACUUCGCUGACACAGCCAAGAGUCUCAGCCAGCUUUCUGCCAUUGUGCCAGAUCUCGCGUCGCUGCCUCUCAAGGUGAAGGGGACGAUUGCCAUGGCACUUACCAACGGGUAUGUGGAUUCAAAGAUUCCGUGCGAGUUUGAGUUUCUGCCCAGCCAGCAUCACAUCAACUACACCGUUGAUCUCAUUGACAAGCCCUGGGCCAUGUGGAGUGAGGUGGCCAAGCUCUUUGCCUCCGCUGCAGCCUAA